ACAAAAUCUGGUGUCCCAUUUGAGGAGUUUUUGGAACUGGGGCAGAGUGACUCUGUACAGAAGGAAGGCAGCAGUCUUUAGGAUCAUCAGCUGAACAACUGCAGCAAAUUUAGUUAACUACUAGGUCUGCUGUUUCCUGCUCUUCUAACAGUCAUGAAGCCCAUCAGAAUACUACUCCUGUGUCUACCUGUUCUGCUGGCACAACAACAGUAUGACGCUGAUCCAGUCCAUGACGAAGGGGAUGGACCUCCAUACCCAGAUUAUGAUACUUACCCAGAUCCAGAGUAUGUAGACCAAAUACCACAAUCCAGUCACCAAUAUGAGUACCAAGAACAGAACCGACAACCAGAGCAACUAGUGAUGCCAGUACCAACUGAAACUUUGCCUACUGCAACAGAACCAACAGAGCCUGGCCCUUUGGAUUGCAGAGAAGAGCAAUAUCCUUGCACCAGAUUGUAUUCUGUUCACAAACCUUGCAAAACUUGCUUGAGUAACAGCCCAACAAAUCACCUCUGUUUUUACAGCCUUCGAAGAGUAUACGUUAUCAACAAGGAGGUCUGCGUCCGCACUGUCUGUGCUCAUGAAGAGCUGCUUAGAGCUGACUUCUGCCGAGACAAGUUUGCCAAAUGCGGUGUGAUGGCAAGCAGUGGUUUGUGCGGCUCUGUGAGUUCUUCCUGCAUCAAGAGCUGUGGAAUCUGUUAAUUAUCAGCCAGUUGGCAUGCAAGUGGCGUAACAAGCAAAACCAACUUAAGAUGAGAUUGUGUGACGAUGGCUUUUUUAUAUGAGAAGAAAAAAACACAACUGUAACAAUAGUAGUUUUUAUACUUCCUAAACCCAUGGUGCUACAUACAUACUGUUUUUUAAAAGUGCACAUAAUUUUAGAUAUUUUGUCUAUUAGUAUAUUUGUAGAAUUUGUGAGCCAUUUGGCAUGUUUUAUUAAAUACCAUUCAGGGUAUCUAACCCUUGGUACAGCCGAGCUGGCGGUAUUGCUGGUAUUUGCUGCUGCUGCUUUGUCCUUUUGAGUUUUAGCUUGAGCGUGCCCUCAAGCUGAAAUAAAUUCAGAGCACAUACAGUAAGUAGAUCAUUGUCCUCAACAAUGACACUUCUGACAAUGACCAUUCUUGGGUCUAGUUACCACUGUUAAAGCUGCACAUUGCAGGUAGGCUGGGUUAAUACAGAUGCACCUCCUUGGUUACUUCAGAGCUCUGAGUUACCUCAAAGUCAGAAAUAGCUGUUAGGUAGACAUAUUAGCAUGUCUUGGCUUAUUGCAGUGUCUCGUCAAGAAAACAUGACUACUAUAAAAUCUGUAGGGACAAAAUAACAUCACAGUGAUGAUGAAUGUAGACAGCCCUACAAAAAACUCUGACUUGUGGAGGAGUGACUGUACUCUCAUUUUUUUUUAUUAUUUCUGCUCAGCUCGUAGACACUUUGUUGUCUGUUCUGAGAAAAUUACAUACAAAACUCCAGGCAUUUAAAUGAGUUCCAUCCCUAGUUUGAACUGCUGAGCAGCAUAAUUCAUUGUUUAAUGGCAUUCUGUAAGAUUUUUAUACUAGUCGUUAUCUUCUGCAUUAAUUAGGAAAUCCAGUUUAAAUUUUUAUUUUCUGGAAAUAGUACAAGGAAUCAGUUUCAUUGUUUUUUAAAGGUGCUGAGAAGUACAAUGUUGCUGUAUAACCUUUGUUGAAUUUACUUUUCACUUGCAUAUGGUGCUAUAUAAAAUUUUUGUACAAAUUACAAUAAAUAAAACUGCACUUA